ACUUCAAGUUGUUCAUCACUGGCUACAUCCCUGGGACGUUCGUCACCAUCUCAGUAAAUGAAGCAGAUUUUUUUACUACUGUCACUGCAAAUCCAGAACAGACAGUAUCUGUGAUGAUCCCAGCGUUUGUGGAGCUGGCGGGAAGCAACAUAUCUGAUCGCACGAUCAUCAUCCGUGCUGAUCAUGAGAUUUCCAUCCUUGCUCUGAACUACAAGACCUAUACGGCUGAUACCACUGUAGUGUACCCUGUGGAGAAGCUCGGGACAGAGUACUUUGUGGUGACUCCACUGGGGAAUCCAGAUGGUCUCGAUAAGCAAUUUGCUGUAGUAGCCUGGAAGGAUCCCACCAUUGUUGAAGUGUACCUCAAAGGUGCUGUUACUUUCCAAAGAAAAGCCUACAAAGCAGGGACAAAACUGGUCAUCCCACUUGGAGCUUACCAGGCUGUCCAGCUGCAAAGUCGUGAUGACUUAUCCGGCACCAAGAUCGUGUCCCAGAAUCCCGUGGCUGUCUAUAGCGGACACAUAUGUGUUGCAAAGCACACCAAAUGUGACUAUGUGAGUGAGCAGCUCCUGCCGGUGUCUAGCUGGGGCACCACAUUCAUUGUACCUCCUUUAUCCUUCCAGCCCAAAUAUGACCUGGUGUACGUGACUGCUUCCCAACACACUCGCAUUGAUUAUCAGUCUGGGAGGGCGAGAGACACUAAGGUCCUGGUUGCUGGGGAGGUUGUGACAUUUGAAAUCAAAUUCCCUAAUCCCUUGUACAUCUCUGCUAGUGCUGGGAUCCAAGUGGUCUUCUUCUGUGCCGGUGGAAGCAAAGGGAAAAUAGUGUAUGAUCCCUUCCUCCUGAUGAUCCCAGAUGUGUCUGGUUAUUGCCAGACCUAUAACAUCCAUGGGCAGGACCAGUAUGAUAACUACGCAAUUAUAACAGCCAAAACAUCAGAAUCUGGUGGCAUCACCAUUGAUAACGAACCCUUGGGAGUCAUUGCAUGGAGGCCAAUUCCAGGCACAGGGUUCUCUUGGGCUGAAUACAACCUUGGCAAAGGGUUUAAGAGAGAAACUAUGGAGCACCCCACAUCUCCUUUUGGACUUCUGAGCAUUGGGAUUUCAUCCAAAUCUGGGUAUGGCUCAGCAGCUAUCGGUGCAAGCAAUACUUUGACAUCAUCCUGCAGUGUGGUUCUCUGCAAGGAAGGAACAGUUUGUAAGAUGAUAGAUGGGCAGCCAGAGUGUUUGCCAGUUUCUGCAGCCACGUGCUGGGCUGGGGGUUACUUGCAUUACCACACCUUCGACGGCCGACUGUAUGACAUCCAUGGCACCUGCACCUACACCGUGGCCAAGACCUGUGGAUGUGACUGCGACCCGCACUCCUUUGACAUCACGGCUGACAGUGGGAAAAGGGGGAACACGCAGGUCUCAUACAUUGGGUUGCUGACUAUCCAGGUGGAUGGCAUUACCAUCACAGUGGCCAGGGCAGAGGUCGGCUUUGUGAGGGUGAAUAACACCAGGGCUCACUUACCCAUCUCCCUGAACAAUGGGGCCCUUCGGCUCUAUCAGAGCGGCACCUCCCUCGUCCUCCGUACUGACUUCAACCUCAGGGUGUCCUAUGACUGGAACAACCACCUGAGGGUCACCGUCCCCAAUGACUUCUCUGACAGCCUGUGUGGCCUGUGCGGCAACUAUAAUAGGGACCGUUCUGAUGACUUUUGGACCCCGGUUGAGGAUCAGGAGCCCAGUGUCAUUCUGCAGGAGCAAAGCUUGGCAGUGGAAGAUGAGGAUCAGUUUUGCUGGCAUGAUUGCAUUGGAGGUUGCAGACUCUGUGCCCCCAGCAUAGCCAGAAAGUACAAGGAGGAGGCCUUGUGCGGCCUGAUAACCAAGGUCUCAGAUGGGCCCUUCAGCCAGUGCCACAGCAAGGUGGAUCCUACAGUCUACUUUGACAACUGCGUUUACGAUCUGUGCCACAACGAGGGCUACAGGAAGGCCCUGUGUGAGGCCCUGAAGACCUAUGCGGACACCUGCCAGCUGGAGGGGGUCAGGAUUGGGGAAUGGAGGCAGCUGGCCAGAUGUCCCAUGGAGUGCCCCCUGGAGAACAGCCAGUACCAGCUCUGUGGAACAGCCUGCCCAGCCACAUGUGUGGACCAGUCAGCCCCCAGCAGCUGCCAAGACCCCUGCGUGGAAAGCUGCCAGUGCAAGGAUGGUUUUGUGCUGAGCCAGGGCAAAUGUGUCCCCAAGGGCAGCUGUGGGUGCCUAUUCGAGGGGCGCCCCUUUGCCCCCAACGAGAGCUUCUGGGUUGACGAGGCAUGUGGGACACAGUGCACGUGCAAUGCAGCCACUAGACAAGUCGAAUGCGUGGCUGCUAAAUGCAAACGUUCAGAGAGGUGCGGGCUAGUGAAUGGCAUAAGGGGCUGUUACCCCUCUAGCUACGCCACCUGCUCUGUGACAAGGAAUCUGCACUAUGCCACCUUUGAUGGACAGAGAUACAACUUCCAAGGCACCUGCCACUACCAGCUAACUGCCCUGUGCAAGAAGGGAGAGGGACUGGUGGACUUUGAAGUCUAUUUCCAGGAGAACAGUACUGCUCCUGUACAGAUCAAGGUUUAUGAAACUGACAUCAGGAUCAGCAAUCAAUUACCUGGCAAAAUCAUGGUGAACAGUUUCCUGAUUAAUCUUCCCUUCAAUCUCGAUAAGAAAAUCACUAUGUAUAGAAAGGGCUGGGCCACAGUGAUCCAGACAGACUUUGGCCUCAGCGUUACCUAUGCCAGGCGGUCAGGACGCACCACGGUGACUCUGCCAGUUACCUACGCGGGAACUGUGUGUGGUCUGUGUGGCAAUUUUAACAUGGACAGGAAGGAUGACAUGCUUAUGAGGGAUGGCACACUGGCACCAAACCCCAUCAGCUUUGGACAGAGCUGGAAGGUAGGAGACCUUCCAAGAUGCUCUGCAGUAAUGAUACCCCCUUGCACAAGUCUAAAAGCUAUUGAAAAAGAACAACGAGGUAGCAGAGGGCAGUGUGGACUCAUCCUAUACAAGAGUGGCCCGUUCAGAGGAUGUCACAGCAAAGUGGACCCCGAUGGAUACUUCAUAGACUGUGUGUACGGCUAUUGCUUCCUCAGUGGGCGGGAGAGUAACGUCUGCCAGGCUGUUGCUGCGUAUGCUGAAGCAUGUCAGGAAGCUGGAGCUAUAGUACAUCCCUGGAGGACUAAGAAAUUCUGCCAUCUGUCCUGUCCUCUGAACAGUCACUACGAACUAUGCAGCAGCAGCUGCGAUCUGACAUGCAGCAACCUCUAUGCCCCGGUGCAAUGCAUGACCCAGUGUAAGGAAGGCUGUGUGUGUGAUGAGGGUUUUGUUCUCAGUGGUGACCUCUGUGUCCCCUUUUCCCAGUGCGGAUGCCUCCACAGAGGACUUUACUACCAGGCCGGGGAGACCUUCCAUCCGAGCGGUUCAUGCGAGGAGCAGUGCGUGUGUCAGGCUGGUGGGGAGGUUGUGUGUAAGGCAUUCUCCUGCAGCACUGGUGAGCAAUGCAGGGUGGUGGACGGUGUCCAGAAAUGCCACCCAUUUGGAUCUGCGACCUGUUCUGCCUCUGGCCAUUCCCACUACCUCUCUUUCGACGGGGUCCCCUUUGACUUCCAAGGCACCUGCACCUACAUCCUGGCCAAGACCUGUACCGAUGCCAAUCACCUUACACCAUUCACUAUCAGCAUAGAGAAAGAAUCCUGGGGCAGCGGGAACGUCUCCAUGGCCAAGCUGGUGUCCAUUCAGGUGUAUGGGAUCACACUCACCCUGCUACGGAACAUACAGGGGCUCAUCAUGGUGGAUGGGGUGUUCCACAACCUCCCAGUGAUCAUGGCCAACAGGCGGCUCCAAGCAUAUCAGCAUGGUACUAACAUCCUGGUGCAAACUGACUUUGGCCUCAUUGUGAAUUACGACCUGGUUUACCAGGCCAGAGUCACUGUUCCACAGCAAUACCAGGGCCACACAUGUGGCCUGUGUGGGAACUACAGUGGACGACAGGACAGCCAGUUCCUGCUCCCCAGUGGCAGGACAGCAUCUGAUGUGGCAGCAUUUGGCUAUGCUUGGGAAGUCCAGGUCCCAGGAGCAUCAUGUGUAGACAGAUGUGCUGGGAACAGCUGUCCAGUUUGCGAGGAGAGGAAGAAGGAUGUCUUCAAACAGCGCCACUACUGCGGGUUGCUCACAGCCCCUGACAGCCCCUUCACUGCCUGCCACGGCACGGUCAGCCCCAGCGUGUAUUUCCACAACUGCCUGUCUGAUCUUUGCCUGGGAAAGGGGGACUCCCAGGUCCUGUGCCAGAUCAUCCACAGCUAUGUGACAGCCUGCCAAGAGGCCAAGGUCACCAUCCUGCCCUGGAGGAGCGCCUCCUUCUGCCCUGUGAGCUGCCCUACCAACAGCCACUAUGAGGUUUGUGCUGAUCUCUGCACUGUCGCCUGUGCUGGAAACAACAUGGAUUGCCCAGAGACCUGUGCCGAAGGUUGCCAGUGUGACAAAGGCUUCUUCUUUGAUGGUCAGGGCUGUGUGACUCAGGAGAGCUGUGGAUGCUUUGAACAGGGGAGAUACUACAAGCCCAGUCAGACUGUCCUUAUGAAUGAGUGCCAGCAAAGCUGCACCUGUGUUCCGACCCGAGGGGUGACCUGCAAAGCCCACAGCUGCUCCAGAAGAGAAACCUGCCAGAUCAGAGAUGGCAUUAUGUUCUGCAACCAAGAGCCAUCCUGCAGUGUGGUUCUCUGCAGGGAAGGAACUAUUUGCAAGAUGAUAAAUGGGCAGCCAGAGUGUGUGCCAGUCUCUCAGGGCACGUGCUGGGCCGGGGGAUACUUGCAUUACCACACCUUUGAUGGACGGGUGUAUGAUUUCCAUGGCACCUGCAACUACACGGUGGCCAAGACCUGCAGGGAUGCCUCCGGCCUGCCCUCCUUCCAUGUCACGGCCAAGAAUGAGAACAGGGGGAACACACAAGUUUUCUACAUUUGGUCGGUGACUGUCCAGGUGGAUGGAGUCAUCCUCACAGCAGCCAGGACUGAGGUCGGCUUUGUGUGGGUGAAUAACACCAGGGUCCACUUACCCAUCUCCCUGAACAACGGGGCCCUUCGGCUCUAUCAGAGCGGCACCUCCCUUGUCCUCCGUACCGACUUCAACCUCAGAGUAUCCUAUGACUGGAACAACCACCUGAGGAUCACCGUCCCUAAUGACUUCUCCGACAGCCUGUGUGGCCUGUGCGGCAACUAUAAUGGGGACCAUUCUGAUGACUUCCAGACCCCAGACGGGGACCAGGCUCCCACUGUUGCUGCCCUGGGGAAAAGCUGGGCAGUGGAAGAUGAGGAUUAUUUUUGCUGGCACGAUUGCAUUGGAGGUUGCAGACCCUGUGACCCCAGCAUAGCCAGAAAGUACAAGGAGGAGGCCUUGUGCGGCCUGAUAACCAAGGUCUCAGAUGGGCCCUUCAGCCGGUGCCACAGCAAGGUGGAUCCUACAGUCUACUUGGACAACUGCGUGUACGAUCUGUGCCACAAUGAGGGCUACAGGAAGGCCCUGUGUGAGGCCCUGAAGGCCUACGCGGAUGCCUGCCAGCUGGAGGGGGUCAGGAUUGGGGAAUGGAGGCAGCUAGCCAGAUGCUCCAUGGAGUGCCCCCUGGAGAACAGCCAGUACCAGCUCUGUGGAACAGCCUGCUCAGCCACAUGUGUGGAUCAGUCAGCCCCCAGCAGCUGCCAAGACCCCUGCGUGGAAAGCUGCCAGUGCAAGGAUGGUUUUGUGCUGAGCCAGGGAAAAUGCAUCCCCAAGAGCAGCUGUGGAUGCCUGUUUGAAGGGCGCCCCUAUGCCCCCAGUGAGAGUUUUUGGGUCGAUGAGGCAUGUGGGACACGGUGCAUGUGCAAUGGAGCCACUAGACAAGUUGAAUGCAUGGCUGCUAUGUGCAAACGUUCAGAGAGGUGUGGGCUAGUGAAUGGCGUACGGGGCUGUUACCCCUCCAGCUACGCCACCUGCUCUGUGACAAGGAAUCUGCACUAUGCCACCUUUGAUGGACAGAGAUAUGACUUCCAAGGCACCUGCCACUACCAGCUAACUGCCCUGUGCAAGAAGGCGGAGGGACUGGUGGACUUUGAGGUCUACUUCCAGGAAAGCAAUACUGGUCCUGUGCAAAUCAAGGUCUAUAAGACUGACAUCAGGGUCAGCAAUCAAUUCCCUGGGAAAAUCAUGGUGAACGGUUUCCUGAUUACUCUUCCCUUCAACCUCAAUGAUAAGAAAAUCACAAUGUAUAGAAAGGGCUGGGCCACAGUGAUCCAGACAGACUUUGGUCUCACCGUUACCUAUGCUGGGUGGUCAGGACGCACCACGGUGACUCUGCCAGUCACCUACGCGGGAGCCGUGUGUGGUCUGUGUGGCAAUUUUAACAGUGACAGUGAGGAUGACAUGCUCAUGAGGGAUGGCACCCUGGCACCAAACCCCAUCAGCUUUGGCCAGAGCUGGAAGUGCGGAUGCCUCCACAGGGGAAUUUACUACCAGGCUGCAGAGAUCUUCCACCCGAGUGGUUCAUGCAAGGAGCAGUGCGUGUGUCAGGCUGGUGGGGAGGUUGUGUGUAAGGCAUUCUCCUGCGGCAGUGGUGAGGAAUGCGGGGUGGUGGAUGGCAUCCAGAAAUGCCACCCAUUUGGAUCUGCGACCUGUUCUGCCUCUGGCCAUCCCCACUACCUCUCUUUCGAUGGGGUCUCCUUUGACUUCCAAGGCACCUGCACCUACAUCCUGGCCAAGACCUGCACCGAUGCCCGUGACCUUACACCAUUCACUAUCAGUGUAGAGAAAGAAGAUUGGGGCACCAGGAACAUGUCCAUGGCCAAGCUGGUGUCCAUUCAGGUGUAUGGGAUCACACUCACCCUCCUGCAAAACAAACAGAGGCUCAUCAUGGUGAACGGGGUGUCCCACAACCUCCCAGUGAUUGUGGCUGAUGGGCAACUUAGAGCGUAUCAACAUGGCACAAACAUUCUGGUGCAAACCAACUUCGGCCUCACUGUGAGCUACGACCUGGUUUACCAGGCCAGGGUCACCAUCCCAGGAAGCUACGAGGGCCAGACAUGCGGCCUGUGCGGAAACUACAAAGGGCAGGAAGAUAAGGAGUUCCUGCUCCCUGAUGGCAGCACAGCCCCUGAUGCAGCAGCAUUUGGCUCUGCUUGGGAAGUCCAGAUCCCAGGAGCAUCCUGCACAGACAGAUGUGCUGGAAACAGCUGUCCAGUUUGUGAGGAGAGGAAGAAGAACGUCUUCAAAGGGCGCAACUACUGUGGGCUGCUCACAGACCCCGACGGCCCCUUCACAGCCUGCCACGGCACGGUUAGCCCCAGCGUGUAUCAGAGCAACUGCCUGUAUGAUCUGUGCCUGGCCAAUGGGGAUGCACAGGUUCUUUGCCAAAGCAUCCACAGCUAUGUAACGGCCUGCCAAGAGGUCGGGGCCUCCAUCCAGCCCUGGAGGAACACCACCUUCUGCCCUGUGAGCUGCCCAGUCAACAGCCACUACAAGAUCUGCGCCGAACUCUGUACCACCACCUGCUCUGGAGACAUCAUGGACUGCCCGAAGAUCUGUGCUGAAGGCUGCGAAUGUGAGGAUGGCUUCUUCUACGACGGCCAGGGCUGUGUGACUGCAGAAAGCUGUGGGUGCUUCAAGCACGGGAGAUAUUACAAGCCCAAUGAGACGGUCCUGAUGAACGAGUGCCAGCAAAGCUGCACCUGCAUUCCUGCUCGAGGGGUGACUUGUAAAGCCCACAGCUGCUCCCGAGAAGAAAUCUGCCAGAUUAGAGAUGGCGUCAGGACCUGCAUCAGCGAAGUCUCUCAGGCCACGUGCUGGGCUGGGGGUUACUUGCAUUACCACACCUUCGAUGGACGGGUGUAUGAUUUCCACGGUGCCUGCAACUACACAGUGGCCAAGACCUGCAGGGAUGCCUCCGGCCUGCCCUCCUUCCACGUCAUGGCCAAGAGCGAGAACAGGGGGAACACACAGGUCUUCUACAUUGGGUCGGUAAUUGUCCAGGUGCAUGGAGUCACCAUCACAGCAGCCAGGACUGAAGUCGGCUUUGUGGGGGUGAAUAACACCAGGGCUCACUUACCCAUCUCCCUGAACAACGGGGCCCUUCGGCUCUAUCAGAGCGGCACCUCCCUCGUCCUCCGCACCGACUUCAACCUCAGAGUGUCCUAUGACUGGAACAACCAACUAAAGAUCACUGUCCCCAAGGUCUUUUCCAACAGCCUGUGCGGUCUGUGCGGCAACUAUAAUGGGGACCCCUCCGAUGACUUCCGGACCCCGGAUGGGGACCUGGCUCCCAGUGUUGCUGCCCUGGGGAAAAGUUGGGCAGUGGAAGAUGAGGAUCAGUUUUGCUGGCACGAUUGCAUUGGAGGUUGCAGACCCUGUGACCCCAGCAUAACCAAAAAGUACAAGGAGGAGGCCUUGUGCAGCCUGAUAACUAAGGUCUCAGAUGGGCCCUUCAGUCAGUGCCACAGCAAGGUGGAUCCUACAGUCUACUUGGACAACUGUGUGUAUGAUCUGUGCCACAACGAGGGCUACAGGAAGGCCCUGUGUGAGGCCCUGAAGGCCUAUGCGGAUGCCUGCCAGCUGGAGGGGGUCAGGAUUGGGGAGUGGAGACAGCUGGCCAGAUGUCCCAUGGAGUGCCCCAUGGAGAACAGCCAGUACCAGCUCUGUGGAACAGCCUGCCCAGCUACGUGUGUGGACCAGUCAGCCCCCAGCAGUUGUGAAGACCCCUGCGUAGAAAGCUGCCAGUGCAAGGAUGGUUUUGUGCUGAGCCAGGGAAAAUGCAUCCCCAAGGGCAACUGUGGGUGCCAGUUUGAGGGGCUCCCCUAUGCUCCCAAUGAGAGUUUCUGGGUCGAUGAGGUAUGUGGGACACGGUGCAUGUGCAAUGCUGCCACUAGACAAGUUGAAUGCAUGGCCGCUACGUGCAGACACUCGGAGAGGUGCAGGCUAGUGAAUGGUGUACGGGGCUGUUACCCCUCCAGCUAUGCCACCUGCUCUGUGACAAGGAAUCUGCACUAUGCCACCUUUGACGGACAGAGAUACGACUUCCAAGGCACCUGCCGCUACCAGCUCAUGGCUCUGUGCAAGAAGGCAGAGGGACUGGUGGACUUUGAAGUCAACUUCCAGGAAAACAAUACUGCUCCUGUACAGAUCAAGGUUUAUCAGACCAACCUCAGGAUCAGCAAUCAAUUCCCUGGGAAAGUCCUGGUGAACAGUUUCCUGAUCAAUCUUCCCUUCAACCUCAUUGAUAAGAAAAUCACUGUGUAUAGAAAUGGCUGGGCCACAGUGAUCCAGACAGACUUUGGCCUCACCGUUACCUAUGCCAGGUGGUCAGGACGCACCACGGUCACUCUGCCAGUCACCUACACAGGAGCAGUGUGUGGUCUCUGUGGCAAUUUCAACAGUGACAGGGAGGAUGACAUGGUCAUGAGGGAUGGCACGCUGGCACCAAGCCUAGUCAGCUUUGGCCAGAGCUGGAAGGUGGGCAACCUCCCGGGAUGCUCUGCAAUAACGAUACCACCAUGCGCAAGUGUAGAGGCUAUUGAAAAACAACAACGAGGUAGCAAAGGGCAGUGUGGGCUCAUCCUCCACAAGAGUGGCCCUUUCAGAGGAUGUCACAGCAAAGUGGACCCCCAUGGAUACUUCAUAGACUGCGUGUAUGGCUAUUGCGUCCUCAGUGAGCGGGAGAGUAAUGUGUGCCAGGCCGUUGCUGGCUAUGCUGAGGCAUGUCAGGAAGCUGGAGCUAUGGUGCAUCCCUGGAGGACUACGAAAUUCUGCUCUCCGUCCUGUCCCCCGAACAGUCACUAUGAAUUCUGUAGCAGCAGCUGCGAUCUGACAUGCAGCAACCUCUAUGCCCUGGUGCAAUGCAUGACCCGGUGUAAGGAAGGCUGCGUGUGUGACGAGGGCUUUGUUCUCAGUGGCGACCACUGUGUCCCCAUUUCCCAGUGUGGAUGCCUCCACAGAGGACUUUACUACCAGACCUGGGAGAUCUUCCACCCGAGCGGUUCAUGCGAGGAGCAGUGUGUGUGUCAGGCUGGUGGGGAAGUUGUGUGUAAGGCAUUCUCCUGCAGCAGUGGUGAGGAAUGUGGGGUGGUGGACGGCAUCCAGAAAUGCCACCCAUUUGGAUCUGCGACCUGUUCUGCCUCUGGCCGUCCCCAUUACCUCUCUUUCGACGGGGUCCCCUUUGACUUCCAAGGCACCUGCACCUACAUCCUGGCCAAGACCUGCACUGAUGCCAAUCACCUUACACCAUUCACUAUCAGCGUAGAGAAAGAAUCCUCGGACAGUAGGAAUGUCUCCAUGGCCAAGCUGGUGUCCAUCCAGGUGUAUGGGAUCACACUCACCCUGCUGCAGAGCAAACAGGGGCUCAUCAUGGUGGACGGGGUAUCCCACAAUCUCCCCUUGAUAAUGGUCAAUGGGCAGCUCCGAGCAUAUCAGCAUGGCACUAAUGUCCUGGUGCAAACUGACUUUGGCCUCUCUGUGAGCUACGACCUGGUUUACCAGGCCAGAGUCACCAUCCCAGGAAGCUACCAUGGCCAGACGUGUGGCCUGUGUGGGAACUACAAUGGACAGCAGGACGAGGAGUUCCUGCUUCCCAGUGGCAGGACAGCCCCUGAUGUGGCAGCAUUUGGCUCUGCUUGGGAAGUCCAGAUCCCAGGAGCAUCCUGUACAGACAGAUGUGCUGGAAACAGGUGUCCAGUUUGCGAAGAGAAGAAGAAGGAGGACUUCAAAGGGCGCAGCUACUGUGGGCUGCUCACAGACCCCGAUGGCCCCUUUGCAGCCUGCCAUGGCACGGUCAGCCCCAGUGUAUAUCAGAGCAAUUGCCUGUAUGAUCUGUGCCUGGCCAAUGGGGAUGCACAGGUUCUUUGCCACAGCAUCCACAGCUAUGUGACGGCCUGCCAAGAGGCUAAGGUCUUCAUCCAGCCCUGGAGGAGUGCCUCCUUCUGCCCUGCGAGCUGCCCGGUCAACAGCCACUAUGAGGUCUGCGCUGACCUCUGCACCACCACCUGCACCGGAGACAUCAUGGACUGCCCAGAGACUUGUGCUGAAGGCUGCCAGUGUGACAAGGGCUUCCUCUUCGAUGGCCAGGGCUGUGUGACUCUGGAGAACUGUGGGUGCUUCGAACAGGGGAGAUACUACAAGCCCAGUGAGAUGGUCCUGAUGAACGAGUGCCAGCAAAGCUGCACCUGCGUUCCUGCCCGAGGGGUGACUUGCAAAGCCCACAACUGCACCAGUGGAGCAACCUGCCAGAUCAGAGACGGCGUCAUGAAGUGCAGCGAAGGGAAGGAGACAUAG